GGUUGGCUGCUGUCUGUCACUUGCUGCUCCCUGUAUUGAUUUUGAGUAAACUUUCAUAAAAACGUUCCCGCACGUUUACAUAUUUUCAUCAUGUUACUUUUACGUAAAAAUAGUCAAGGCUAAGGAAGAUGGUAGUCAUAUUUCCCUGGGCAUUUACUUUAUUAGCAUAAAUUACAAGACUUUUGUUGUGGGGCCACUGGGGCCGAGCCUGGGAAGGUGCGCUUGGCGACUGUCGGUUGUGUGGGUGCAGCAGACGACGCAGCAUUGUGUGGGCAGCAGACGACGCGGCAGUACAAGUCGUAGCCUCCUCCGGGAUGGUGCACCAGGUGAUAUACGCGCUGAGGGGCUGGAUCGCCUUCGUGGCCUUCAUCGACAUGGGCAUGGCCGUGCAGUGCUUUCUAGACGCCGACUCCUUCCUGGGCUCGCAACUUUACACCGCAGGGGACAUAGCGGAGCACGUUAACCCCGCCAUGUCGCGUCUGCUGGGUUCCCAACGGGUGCUGAGUGCGCUCAUCAUGACCCACUGUGCCCUCUGCAUUCACCACAAGCCGAUCCUGAGCAUGGCGGUGUGUAGCUGCGUGUUGACCAUCGCAGCCAACACGACGGAGACUCUUUGGUACCGCACGGCGCCUAUCAAUUUCUACACGCUGUUUCCCGUCGCUAUAGCCGCUGUGACCAUGGUGGGCCUGUGCGUGGCGCCAACCUUCCUGAAGAGCCCGGAGAUCGAGGCGGAGGAGGAGGCGCACCUGCUCAAGCUUGGUCUGCCGCGGCGCAAGUGUUGGAACAAGAAGAGGACCUGAUGGUCGCGGGGGUCAGCACGCCCUACCCGCCUGCCUCCCCAGCACGCCGCGCCCCUGCCCCCGCCUCAGCCGCAACACAACCUGCUCAAAAUCACGAUUCCAGUAACGGCUUUGGCCCCCGCUGGGUCCCGAUGGGCCUGACUGACCUGACCUGCUGACGACACGAGGCUGACCACUGGGAGGCAGCACAGAAGGCACCAGCAGCCGCCCCUCCUCCACCUCCCCGCCGCCACCAGCCGCUCUCACCACCCGACGUCGCCACGGAAUAGGAAGGCUUGGUGUCACUUGCUGCAAUCGACUGACGGACCUGACGCCUGCAUGGUGGUGACUGUAUGACUCCCAUCGUGCCUGACUGACUGGUGGUGACUAUGUGACGUAUGUUGCCAUGAGGAUCACGUGCUGGAUUCGUGAUCGCCACCUGUUACCCUCCCGAAGAGAACUUAGAGGUCACAUAGUCCGAUCUGUAGGUAAGACUGAGACCUCGCACACGCUACACACCUCAUCCUCUUGCUCAUCCUCUUGCUCAUCAGUGGAAACCUUUGCGACCUGAGCGGGGCGCGAACCUCAGUCUGCCAAGUAACAGACCAAUGAGUUAGAAAAUAGUGUAUGUGACUGGUUGAUAAUGAGUGAUGAGUUGCCUGACUGACUGACUGGUGGUAAAAUGAAUGACUUACGUUGCGUGUGACUGACUGGUGGUGACUGAAUGACCAGCUGACAUACCUUGUGCCUGACUGAUUGCAAGUGACUGAGUGACACACUGUGUUUGACUGGUGGUGACUGUGACUGAGGCGGCAUAUGACAGGUGAUAAACCCCGGAUUGAGCUGUGUGACGCCCUGCAGGUGACGUGAGUACAGGUGUGCCACGUCCUCCAGCAGAAGUAAUGUGAGGUGUGCGAGCUAGCGGGUGGGCGUGACCAAGCUCGGAGAUUGCCGGUGGAGGAGCAGGACGGGCGAGCCUCCAUGAGCGGCGGGAGUGAGCCACGCACACAGGGACGCACCCGGAGGAAGAGGAGGAGGGUGUAGGAGGAAGGUGUUGUAAGUCUUGGAGAUGACGCUGUGACACGCAGUGGAAGGACCAAUGUGACGGAAUGUUCAGGCCGUCGCUAGAUCUGUCCCAGGUUAAUACGUGGAUAGUUACAUUUCUAAACAUCAUGUCUGCCCACCAAUUCGCCUCUGCCCGAUGAAAUUAACAAUCUGGGCUCCCUUUCUCAUCUCCUGUUACUGCUCCUGUCCUUCACAACGCGUUUGUUAUGAUUCCGUGAAGGAUGUUUGGGACGACCAGCAUUUCCGAGCCGCCGCGAUCCUCCUCCUCCUCCUCCUCCUUCUCCUUCUCCUCCUCCGUUGCUUGGGUGCGGCGCAGGCACGCUGGUGACGAAAGUGUUGCCUCGGGGCAUCGAGCAUCCGAGACUGGUAACUCACUUCAAAAUAUUUUUCUCAUUGCACACGAAAUCAGGGGAAUUAUUCACGAAGUCACGCCUCACGCCAUUUGCCAGCAUAAUGAAUGAUGGAAAGUGUUUACUGCCGUCGCCGAGUGUCUAAAACCUCCACUAGCCCCACUAACGCCUGGCACCCUGCUAUUGUCCCGCCCGAGGCCCUGUGUUCAUGAGUCGGUGUGUGCUUCACCCGCGUUAGCCUGACUUGCUGUGCGCUUUGCCGGCUGAGUGCUGGCUGCUCUCGAGGUGUCGGUUCAGCAAGGGGCUGCGGUGGUGCUGCCUCGCCACCUGGUGUCCGUGCUGAGUGCUGACGCCAGACGAGGCGUUGCUUGUCCUGGGCUAUUUCAGGGUUGAGUCUGUUAAGUGAAGCUUCAGUGCUCGUUUAGGUCUGUCGGAGUAAUUGUUUUGAAAGAGUUUUUCACUUCAGAGGCUACUAUCACUAUGUAUCUUGCUUUAUAAGUGUACAAAGUGUGUGUGUGUGUGUGUGUGUGUGUGUGUGUGUGUGUGUGUACUCACUCACCCUUCUGCGCUCCACACUUAUCAUUACGUAUUGGAACAAGACUUCAGACCAGACGUCAAACGUUGCUGUGAAUGCCUCAGUGAGGUACGAGAGAGCAUGAAGACAGGAUGCUUCUGCGAAAGGUGAGAUUCUGUUUAUCUUGUUGAAUCAGCAUAUAUUAGGGUAUUUAUAUAUUUUUAACUGUAAAUGUUGCUUAGUUAUAAUAUGUAUGCUGCAACGCUACAAGUUUGGAUUAAGAUCUGAGUUACCUACCAAUAAACAUACCCAUCU